AUGUCACACAAACCGCGUACAACUAUUACCAAGGCCGAGCAGAGCGCUCUCAAGACACUGAGGGCUGACACCAGCAUCGUGAUUCUGCCAGCAGCCAAAGGGCGUUCAACAGUUGUGAUGGAUAAGGCAGACUACAUUCCGAAGGCCAAUGCCCUACUGGAGGACCGACAGGCGUACCUACCAUGUAACGAUGAACCGAUGAGGAGGCUGGUGACGCAACUGGACAAGACACUCGCCGACAUGCAAACGAGCAAGGCAAUAAGUAAAUCGGUACGACUGGCCAUUAAGCCAGUAGACGCGGCCGCACCAAGGUUCUACGGACUAGCAAAGGUACACAAAGCCGGGGUCCCCCUCCGGCCAAUCGUAUCAUUGCGCGGCGCACCUACAUUCAAUUUGGCCAAAUGGCUGUUCCGAAACCUGAGGUCUCUCACCUCGGACGCGGGCACGACGGUCUGUUCAGCGACUCAGUUCCUGGAGCGUAUCAAAGGGAUGAGACUUACCGAAGACGAUGUCAUGGUGUCAUUCGACGUCACCUCUUUUUUCACCUCGAUCCCGCAAGACCUGGCAAUCGAAACGGUCAGCGAGCUGCUCGAGAGUCAGUAAGACGAGACGGACGUGACGGUAAAAAAGAAGACAUCUCGUCCAAUUGCUGAGAUUCUGCCUGAAGACGUACUUUACCUUUGAAGGCACGACCUACGAGCAGGUCAAGGGGACGCCAAUGGGAUCGCCGCUCUCGGGCUUCAUCGCAGAGGCAGUUCUCCAUAAAGUAGAGACCCUCGUUUUCUCAACCUAUAAGCCGAAAUUUUGGGCUCGAUAUGUCGAUGAUACCUUCGUUAUCAUUAAGCGGCAAAUGGUCAAGGAAUUCCAUGAUGUCCUGAACUCUGUUUUCCCUGACAUCCAGUUCACAAUGGAGGCGGAGGCCAACAAUUAA